GUAUUUAGCAGUAGCUAAUCACCUCCUGUGUCGUGGUAUGAAGAGUUUCAAACGUUAAUGAGCUACCUACCCAGGGGCAGGUUUAUUUAUUUAUUUAUUUUUGCAACCCGGAAGUUCUGCCUCCCACUGAUAAGGCAAAGAGAAAUUUUAGUAGAAACCGAAAGCUAGCCUGCUAGCUAGCUAACUAUACACCUGAAAAAAAUCGUUGUGAUUGAUAUUCGUUUCAUGUUUGGAUUAUCUUGCGCAAAAAUAGUCUAAUGCGUACAACGCACCACAGCCGACCACCACGCUGUGUGAAAACACGGCUCCGUUAGCUGUUCCGCAGGAAUAAUUAAUAUCUUAAUUAUUAUAGCGAAAAUAUGGCAGAGGUGCAUAUUGUUGAGCCGAGUGGUACUGGUACCAUAGAACAGACCGAACACCGGGAGAUCCGCGGCUCAGUUCGACUCGCCUCGCCCACACUCAUGAUCCCACCAAGAAGCGGGUUGUCCAGCCCCGGAGUGUCGGCUAGGUCAGUGCUCGGAUUCCCCCUGAAAAGCAACCCUAGUUCCCCGUCCGAUCAAACGGAGAAGCCAGGUUCGCGGUGGGUAAGGCUCAACGUUGGCGGCACCUACUUUGUCACCACCAAACAGACACUGUGCAGGGAUCCGAAAUCGUUCCUGUACCGCUUAUGUCAGGAAGAUCCAGAUCUGGACUCGGACAAGGAUGAGACGGGAGCCUAUUUGAUUGACAGAGACCCCACGUACUUCGGUCCCAUCUUGAACUACCUCCGGCACGGCAAGCUUAUAAUAAACAAGGACUUGGCGGAGGAAGGAGUCCUGGAGGAGGCAGAGUUUUACAACAUAGCAUCUCUGGUACGGAUGGUGAAGGAGAGGAUACGAGACAACGAGAACAGGACGUCCCAGGGCCCAGUGAAGCAUGUGUACCGGGUGCUGCAGUGCCAGGAAGAAGAGCUCACCCAGAUGGUCUCCACUAUGUCGGACGGCUGGAAGUUUGAACAGCUCAUCAGCAUCGGCUCCUCUUAUAACUACGGCAACGAAGACCAGGCCGAGUUCCUCUGCGUGGUCUCCAGGGAGCUGAAUAAUUCCACCAAUGGCAUUGUCAUCGAGCCGACCGAAAAGGCCAAGAUCCUUCAGGAGCGAGGAUCGCGGAUGUGAGGACGGCCCCCGAGGCCUGGACUUCCUGCCGCACAUUCCUCCGCCCGUCUGCUUCCCCCGGAACCUUCUCUGCUCCUCCACCGUUCCGCUUCUCCCUGACACGCGGCCCCAAGCUGCAUGGCUGGCCCCCCCCCUUACCCUCCCAGAGCCUCUCAGCGGGGGGGGGGGAUCCCCCUCAGCCCAAACUCCCAUCGAUGUACCCCCGAGGCACCUCUGUCGUCGGCUCACUCUGUAACUGUUAUGAGUAAUGUCUCACUAUACUACAGGUUGAUACUCUUACCAUACUAUUAAUGUUGGCUUUGACGAUGGUGAUGAGGAUUACGAUGACAGUGCAGGGGUGAACUGGAGACAUAUUAAAAAAGAGGGGAGCAGCUAAACUUUAUCCAUCACCCCCCCCCCCCCCCCCAACUGUGACUUAGCAGUUGCAUCAUUAUUUGUGGUCAUGUUAUAUCCAGCGCUGCUGGCCUGUCGGUCCCUGGGGAAUCCUCACUGUCCAUGCCUGGAGACAGACUGUGCCCCUCCACCGGACCCUCCACCCUCAGCGGAGACCCGCACAUGGACUGCUUGGGACCAGAGCAGAACUAAAAUUAAAGACCCCCCCCACCCUCACCUCCGCCCCCGCCCCACACACACGACCCUCCCUCUCCCUGCACUACUCCUUCCACAGCUGCUGACCGGAGCGUCUCCUCCGCUCGGCGUCCCCGCGUAUCCUUGUGCGUGCGCGAGGGGGCCCCCCCCCGAGACCUGCCUGCCGCCCGGUUGGCCCCGCCUCGCUUUCAGGAGGGACGCGAGGAUUAAAGCACCACCUGGGUUCACGCGCCCCGGCGCCAGAGGAAAGGCAACGAGCUGGUCUGUCCUGUCCGGAUUAUCCUCACCCCCGCCCCCCCCCAAGAAACUUAAUGCAUCUCUGCAACCAAACACCUAUUUUAAGCUUUUCACUAGAUGACAUUUCUGUGUUUGGAUUUUAAGGAGUGGGGAUCAGGGGGUCAGGAUGGACCAAACCCCUCCCCUCGCCUGCCUCAAGUCUCAGAAACCCGCCCUGCCUGAUGGAUGGCCCUCGCAGAUCUUUCAGUGUUAAUAGCUGCCUGACCCCUCGGCUUAUAAGGUCCUCACAAAGCAGACAUUUUUUGAAGGAGGUCCUGGUUUGUCUGCAUUACAGACACAAAAAAACCCACCAUCAGAAAUGGAGUGUGUUCAUUACAACCUUCACAGCAUUCACCUGUACUGAAGUGUUAAGACUAUGGGGGGGUGGGGGGGUGGUUGGGCAUAGUGGGUAAAAACUGAGGUUGUGUUAAACCCUCUUUUGUUAUCUGUAACCAUGGUUGCCAUAACUUGCCAUAACCUGAUGGAAAAGCUGAAGGUCAAAUACUGCUAAUAAUUUCCCCUCUGGUAGAACACUGCAAGGUUCCUUCACCUAGAAAGUUCCUGCCCCUAGAUCACAGCGUGAAUCGGGCCAGCGUUCGACGAGGCAUCCUUCCGCUAAAGAAUUAAAUAUAUAAGAAGAAAAAAAUAUCUGAAAAAAUGCUUAUGAACGGUUUUGGUGUUGCACGGCUUCUGUGUACUUAAAAAAACAAAACAAAACAAAAAAUUCGCCCCCUUCCUUUUAAGAUUUUUGUUUUUUGUAUUUUCAAAAAAAAGAUAUCGUGGUUAUCGGUGACAUUUGAAAGAGACGCAGUUUGCAUACGCUUCCUCUUCAGUGGCUGCCGAAAGAAGCAGUCUCUCCGCUAUGCUGACCACUCAGCGUUCUGUUUAGCCUUGGUGUCGAAUUUCAGACGCGGUCAGCUGUUCCCGUCAGUCACGUCUGCUAGCACCGAACCCCCGGUGUCCAGCGCGAAUGCCUCUGACUGGAAGCAGAGAUGGCUAAAUUGGGAUUUAUUUGUUAUCAACAGAACGACGCCAAUUGUGAUCGGUGUGACGUGUUCCGUUCGUACUUCUGCAAUCAUUCUGGAAAUUUCCGAGAAACUGUCCAGCAGCUCUGCUGGUUUAUUGUUUCGGCGCUUCUCUCUGCUUUUCCGUGAGUGAGGUGACGUCACGGCCGUGUUACCCAAUUUUAUCACCGCUGACCAAAACGAGGAAGCCGACCUAUCCCGUGGUCUCUCAGUAGAAGCACAAACGGGUGGCAGGUGGCUCUUUAGUAAUUGUUCACAUAGCAUCAGUUCUAGGAAGUGAGGUAGUGGGGGGGGGGGGUAGGGGGGGCUCUCCGCUCUUGGUCUGCUGACGGAGCACGUUCCGAUUUUGGCGUACCACCCGAGUAACUAAUUAAUUUUAUGGGAUCGAGUGGCGUGUUGGUCCGGGCCUUGUGUUGGCCGUAUGUUCCAUGCGAGGCGCUGAGAGACUGGCGGUGCCCGGUCCGAGACGGGCGAGGUUGUGGCGGAGCCUUGCCGGUUUCAUGUCCCGCGAGCUGCAUGCGCCCCAAAACUCAGUGGGGUCUCUCUCUAUACCCCCCCCCCCUCCCCCCACCUAGAGAAUUAGGGUAUGUAUGGCAGCCAAAUCAUAUUUUUUUCCCCCUUUACUUUUUUCUCACUAACAAUGUGUAUGUGGUGAAAUUAUAUUUUAUCAAAAAGCAUGAUUAUAAAUGGCACCUUUUUUUAAGAACGUAAAAAAAAAUGUAUAUAUGGUGGGAUGGUUAUUAUGGUUCUCCUUUAAAAAGGCCAUGAAAGAGAGAGAGAGAGAGAGAACUGGUCUGGGUACAUUUUUCCAGAGAUUAGGUAAUUGUGGAAUUUGCCUGAAGGCCACCUUUAGAGUCUCCUGUGCUGUAUGUAGCGCUUGGAUAAACUGUGCGGUCGUCGUGCCCCUGGACUGUGUUGUCACGCAGAGCUCUGGCUUUGUUGUUGUGAAGUUAUGCUUGCGCCAUUGGCUAUCGGCCUUUGUCCUGUCCUCCCCGGUGUCCAGUGCUGUGCCUCCACCCGUGUUGUGCGCACAGUUUUGCUCCUUCGCCUGUGUGUUGCGGUUCGUUUUUAACCCCUUUGCCUGUGCCGUGUGCACGGUUUUCCUGAAAUGACCUGUGCUCCAUUUAAAUUUUUACACCACGCGAUUGAGAACAGGAGUGAGCUCUGGGCAGAAUUUAAUCUGUUCAGAAAAUAAGGGAAAAGGGGAAGUGACUUGAAUUGGAGCUGUCCCAUUUCCCACCUCUUAAAAAAAAAAAAAAAAAAAACUUAAAAGGGGAACUUGCACCCUGUCCCUCCCUCCCUAGGCAUCUGUUCGUCAGGGUGCCUGCAUGUUGGUGGAAAAUUCUGGCUCUGGAGAUGAGCCAUUGGUAGUGGAUGCAUUCCAUAUCGAGCAACUUUAACGUCAUGCUCGAGUUCCAUUUGUAUUGAUGUUUGACCUCUGACCUUAGCGGUGCACUCUGCUUCUUGUACCAUGCCCUUUCUUCCUGAUUUCUCUUCCCUGGGGGGGAUAUCAGCAAGCCACUGUCCUCACACGUCUACAGCUGUGCCUGUCCCCUCUGGAUUGCCCUGAAUUUCCUAGCUGUGGGAGAAAUUCGCUUAUUUUUGGCUGUUUUACCGGUGUGUGGUAAAAUAAUUUUUUUUUUUUUUUUUAAAAACCUUGCAACCCAAAUAGCUGUUCCACUUGCGAAAAAGCCGUAGACCUGGAGCUGGAGUGCUGAUCUAAGAUCAACAGUUUUGUUUUUUAAGCUCAUAACAGAUACGGAGAAGGGAAAGCUGAUUGCUGGAUCAGUGCUGCUACUCUGAGAUGUUUCGACCUGAGCGUUGUGACGGAUUUUAUGCAUUGAUCCGGCGGUUUUUCUUGUAGCUGAUCUCAGCGCCAUCUGCUUCUAAACUGCUGCUGACCUCAGCGCAUUUUCUCAGGUAGCUUCACUACAUGUUCCGCCUUUAAAACGAGCGUGGUUUCUCGCCAACUUUGAGAAUUUGUUCAUAGGCUUAUCGUGCGGAAUUAAGCCGUGAUCUUGUGCUCGUUUUCGUCGCAUUUUGGAGGACUGAGUUAUAAAAAAAAAAAAUUAAAAAAAAAACAUUCAUUAGCGCGAACUAUAAUUUGGUGUCAUUAAUGAGACGAUGCUGCCUGCUCUUUUGCUACCUAACUAUUACCAGUGUUUGUGGCACUUGCUGUCUAUGGUAUUUCACAGUAUAAAUCUACUUCUGAUCAGCUUAUCAUUUUAUCGUAUCUGAGUACGGGCAGCAUUGGGGGUCAGUUUCCGUGGAAACCUCCACAGCUCGCCCCAGGCACAGCCGAUCCGAGAGGGUGGAAACAAGUGCUCCUGUGAUCACUCCUUAUCCACAACAACAAAAGCAGCCCCAGCCAUGCGCGCGUCCCAGUUUUCUAAUAAUGCAUGUUGGAAGAAUCUCAAGUCUCGUUGUUCGAACUUCUGCCAUUGAUUUCCCUGUAAUAGACAUCGCAACAUUGCAUUUUGUUUUAUCACUGCAUUAGCCGAAGUGUCCUCUGUGUUUGGUGCCGAAUGACUUCGAUUUGCGUUAAGUUUGUAGUAGGCUAAGGAAAGUGUUGUAUUCAUGUCAGUGUUCUGUUAAUGUUCACCCAACCAUUUCCAAAAUUCGAACCACCCACUAUCUUAUUAAUGAGAUGUUUUACAUUUAGCUUUUGAGAGACUUAAAGGUUCUCAGCUAUAAGAAUAUAUAUAUAUAUAUAUAUAUAUAUAUUCUGUAAGUACAGAGAUUUGUAUAUUCCUAAAAUAUUCUGUCAAAAGUUAUGGUAUUUUACCUUUCUGCAAAAGAAGACAAAAAAGGACAGAACAAGUGAUCUGUUGGGCAGGAAUAUGAGUGCAUCCCGUGGAAUUUGAGGAGUGUAAAAUUCCCACAUUCUGCAUAGCCAAGAUAUUUGGCACCUUUACUUUUAUUUUUUGUAAGCCCAGCUAGCGAAGUUGAUGGGGACCGGGGAUUCAGUAGAGACCAUCUCCCCCCCCCCCCCCCCCCCCCCCCCCCCCCCCCCCCUUCCCCGCAGCACACAGAAUACAGACCUGUACCAGUGUCCAGGUUUUUGUUUAAUCCGAAUCCCUAAUUGCUUAACGGUAACAGUUAAUCAGGUUUGAUUACACUAGGUGACAGUGCGUUCAGCCGUUUGUUCGGUGAUUGACAGGCCAAGAUGACUGUACUCGGUGGGACAUCAGGGCUUUCUGUGAUUGGUAAAUGGUAAAUGGAUGGUAAAUGAUGAUUGGCUAAAAGGAGCUGGGGAGGCCUUCGAAUCUCUGCUGUGGAUGUCGCGAGGCAUUGGACACAAUGAACAGUUGGGAAUCAAUCGCACACACCUGCACUCCGACUAACAUCUAUUAUGUGUAAGAAAGCAUUGAUUCAGUGCUGUGCUGAGGUGGAAGGUGAGGAAACCGUUUGAUUUAAAUUUAAAUGGCGUGUGUGAUAUUCCUGGUUGUUGAUUGUAACCUAAUCUGCGUGUGUGUGCACCUUGUUAACACUGGGUGCGCAUCCUCUGUUUCUUCACUAUUAUUUCACGCCCACACACACACUCUCACUCACUCACUCACUCACUCACUCACCUGGGAACCCCUCUUUAUCCUGCUGUGCUAUGAAGUCAAGUAAACAUUUGCAUGCUUUUGUUCACGUACACAUUUAAAUGUGGACGACUGUAAAACGGAACUGUUUAUAACGGUUGUUUGGAGUGUGAUAUGUAUUUAUUUAUUGACAGUAUUGAUGUCAGAAGGUGAAUUUAGUCUGUGGAGACUAUGUUCUGGAAUGUUCUCUGUGGAACUGAACUGUCUAAGGUCUGAAUGUCCUUUUUUAUUUACUUUUUUUGGAAGUUUGUCUACUGAUGCAUUUUCUUUUGUAAGAUGUUUAAUGUAAUGUAAGGAUUUAAACAAACAAAAAAAAUAACGUCAAUUUUUUUAUUAUAAAAUGUGUUUCUGUGUUUAAAAAUGUGUGAUUCAUUUUUGUGUAUUUAUCAGAAUAUCAGACAGGCCUGUAAUACUGUGGAUAAAUUUAAAAGAAAAAACAAACAAAAGAAAUGUAGAUUGAUGGUGCAGCUUGCAAGAAAGAAAUAAUCAGUCUGAAAGAUUUCUGUAAAAAGUGCUAUAACCAUUCGUAACAAACAUGACAAUGAACAUGAACGUUUUUGCAAACUGAACUCUUCUCUCCUUGAUUUGUCUUUUUUUAAAUAUUUAUUUUAGCUUUAAUCAGAUGGGUCAACUGAGAACUGUUUUCGUUUGGACUGGUUACUUGGGAAAGCAGUUAUUGGGCUGGGAAUGGCUCGGCGGCCCAUAGAGAGCCAGCUGUGGUGGGAUCUGAUCAGGACUCGAGGGGUUAAUGCCGCUACUCUUUGGAAAAGGGCCGUGGGCCCUUGAAAGAUCACAUGACCUUGGUUAAGUUCUCAUUCAUAGGACAGCACCGUCUACUGCACAGUGUCCCCAUCGCUGUGACAUAAGCUUGUGUUCGGCCGACUGACGGGACCUGUUACAGCAGGGCCGCCCAUCCCUGUUCCCGGAGCUGUACCAUCCUGUAGGUUUCCAUUUCAGCCCUAAUUUGGCACAACUGACUCUACUAAUUAGCAGCUCUGAGAGAUCUCUAGCUAACGAACGAGGUGUAAUUUGUUAGGGCUGGAGCGAAAGCUUACAGGAGGGUAGAUCUCCAGGAACGUGCAUUACAGCUUUUGAACAGAGAGCCCCCAGGCUGGACACUCGGACAGUCGGACGUCCUGGAAGAAAUUAAAAGGGGAAGCAGUGUAGCUUGACGUUUACGGGGCUGGGGUUGUACUUCUGAGCUUGUCGGUUUGGUUCCCAGCUGUGGGAUCUCCUGCUGUGUGCGCUGGAAUAGAGCACUGGGGAAUGCCUAAUGCUGUAUGUAGUGUAAGAUUUUUAGUUCAACUACAAAUCUUCAAUACAGAGGUUGUGCCAAAACGCAAUACUUGGGCCCACUGAUGAAAGAAAGCCUUAGUUCACAGCUCACAAGACUUCAGUAUCACUGUAAAGACUGACAGUGCCAUAUUGAUACAAUCAGCCAGGAGAGAGAGAAAGGUGAAUGAAACUGACUCGGGAGUGAUUAACAAAGCAGAGUUGCUAAGGCAUUGUGUGACUCUUGACAGAAACUAAUCAUCUCACUCACCAAUCAUCACUGGUACCACUAAUCAAAUCACAACUAACAGCUUAAAAGAAGGCCAAGACAGACAGUCGGGGUGCAUUUUGACUUCGAUGCUCCCAGAGUACAUGCUACGUGUAUUUUCUGUUGCUGCCAUAUUUUGCCAAUAAAGACAGUUUCUACGAAGACCAAGA